GGAGCCGCGCCCAGCACCUUGUGUGCGCGGUUUGUUUACGUCUCCCGGUGGCGUGCGUGCGGGUGUGUUCUCCAGAGGAGCGCCCUGGGUUCUGCGAGCUGCGUGCACACAGUGUACUUCUGUGUCUGUGUGUGUGUGUGUGUGUGUGUCCGCACGCGCUCCCUGGAGACUGACACUAGCCCAGUGUAUCUUGAAGGGGGUGCGCAUCAGUGUCCACUGGAGCAAAUGCGGAAUAAGGACGCGAGCGAAGAAAGUGGCCCGGUCGGUGGUCACACCAGGUCUCCAACCCAGUGGGCAUCUUCUGCGAAAAUGUCCGUGGAUCCCUUAUCCAGCAAGGCCCUGAAGGUCAAGCGUGAGCUGAGCGAGAACACGCCGCACCUGUCGGAUGAGGCGCUGAUGGGGUUGUCGGUGCGCGAGCUGAACCGCAACCUGCGCGGGCUGUCGGCGGAGGAGGUGACGCGGCUGAAGCAGCGGCGCCGCACGCUUAAGAACCGCGGCUACGCGGCCAGCUGCCGCGUGAAGCGCGUGUGCCAGAAGGAGGAGCUGCAGAAGCAGAAGUCCGAGCUGGAGCGCGAGGUGGACAAGCUGGCGCGCGAGAACGCCGCCAUGCGCCUGGAGCUCGACGCGCUGCGCGGCAAGUGCGAAGCGCUGCAGGGUUUCGCGCGCUCGGUGGCCGCCUCCCGCGGGCCCGCCGCGCUGGUGGCGCCCGCCAGCGUCAUCACCAUUGUCAAGUCGGCGCCAGGCCCCUCCCCUGCUGCCGAUCCCGCCCCCUGCUCCUAGUGCCCGCCCCCGUCCCAACAACACCCCUCGGACCCACUCCCAUCCUAAAGUGCCUGAGUGCCUUCUGCUCUCUGUCCCUUUUCUCUGCCACGGCUACCCGUUGUAGUGACUUCACAUUCCUUUCCUGGGCUCUAACUCAUGCAGGCCACCAGACCGGGCCCUGAUGGUCCUGAGAAAGGGACAACUUUGCUAAGUUGGGGGUGGGGGAGGCGUUGGGGUUCUAGGUUGCCCUGGGCUGAAAGUCCGCCUCAGAUUGAAAAAGAGGUUGUGAUCCGGAGGAGAGCUGGUGGGAGAGGCUUUGGAUUGUGCCACUAUGCCCUUCCGACCCUCCCAGGACUCAGGACUAGGUGGCCUUGUGAGAAUGCCCUGCUGGGAAGCAGAACUCAAGAGACCUCCCAGCUGUGCUUGGGACUCGGAAAUGACCGGCUUUCCCAAGCUAAGAGUCUUUGGAACGGAUCAAUGCAGCUCAGCUGGCACAUGGGCAAAACGACCUAAGGCCACAGAGCACGGAACAGCUGAGCUGCCAACCCGUGGGGCCUGCUUACAGCUGCCUUAAGGGACAUUCCAAGCAUGGCUUUCACAGGGGGAACCACACAGACUGGGAGACAGCUCUCUGUGUGGUUGGGAAAGAAGCUGAAGGGGAGAGAAGGUGACAGAGGGGGAUGAGGUAAGGAGCUGGCCAGCCAGAGAAGGGCCGAUGGAGACGACCACUGAGGUAGAUAGAGACACUACAGUCUGGGGUGGGGUGACUUGGAAUGAAGGCUUCCACUUUGGUCCGGAGUAUCUGUGGGGGUCCGGGGGGCUGAUCGGUGUCCCCCUGAGAAGCCCAGCCCUAGCACCUUCCCAACACUGUAUACAGCUGACUCUUCCACACUCUUAUUUAUUGCACGAAUCUAAGUUAUUCUCACCAGCCAGAGUCCAGCUCCUCUCCCCUGGGAAAUACGUGGGCCCUGAGCUGGACUUAUAUUUUAUAUCUACAAAUAAAUCACAUUUAAUCUUAUAUUUAGGGACAGCUGGGUGGCAAUAAUAGUUUUUUUUUUUUUUUAAA